GGAAAUGAAUGAGGAUGUCUAUUGUCAAGAAAAGAAGAACAUGUGGUUUGACUGUUAUCCCUGGGUCAAUAAAUGCCCAUCUAAUAUCGCUAAAAUAAACAAAUAAAACAUUUUAGUCCAAAGAAAAAUUCAACAACUAUUUAUUAAUUUAUUAUAUAAUUGUAUUUUAGGGUCCAAAACUAACCUCUUUCUAUUCAAAUUAAUACGCAUUUUCUUUUCCUCUCGCACAAGCUUCACCACGUUCACCAUGAACCCGCCGGAAUUUUCCUCCGGAGCCGGCGGAUCCUCAUCGCCGUCGUCGAAGAAAGAGCUCCAACUUCAAGGGGCGCGCCCGCCGCCACUACGAGUCAGCAAAGAAUCCCACAGGAUUCGCAAGCCGCCGCUUCCCCCCGCCGCACACCUACCGGCGCCGGAGAACCGGAAGCCGGUGAUUAUCUACUCCGUUUCUCCCAAAGUUCUUCACGUCACCGUCAGCGAUUUCAUGAACGUGGUCCAGCGCCUCACCGGGCCUUCCGCCGGCGAUGAAGCUGCUCUUCGACCCGGCGACGUCUCGCCGGCGGCGAGACUCGCGUCAAUCGAGAGGACGAGUCCGUCGGAGAGGGAGAGAGUUCACGGAGGAGAGGAUGACACGACGUGGAUGUUAGAAGGAGUGGAGGUAGGUCAGUUCCCGGGAAUAUUAUCACCGGCGACGUUGCCGCCAAUAUCGCCGGGUUUUUUUUCGGAGCCGCAAAAUACUUCGCUGUGGCAUGAACUGAGCCCGUUUUGGUCAUCGAACAGCUUCGUGGCGAGUCCGUCGGGGUUGCUUUCCGCCGCCGUAGUUUCUCCGUUGCCGUCGCCGGACCUCUUCAAUCUCUUCGACUAAUUUUUCAUUUUCAUUUUUUUUGGCUGAAAAGUUUUAGGGUUUUUUUAUUUGAUGAUUGAUUUGGGAAGGGUAAGGGCGGUGGUGGAAGAUUCAACGUUCACUGACUUUUGUGCCAUAAGUUUUGUAAGUGUGUAUACUGUUAUUGUUGUAUUGCGAAAAAAACAAUGGGGACUCUUCAAGCUUUGCUCCCCUGUUCUCCACUGUUCAAAAUUAUAUUUAUUUGCUGAUUUUCUUUAUUACAAACUCUUGAGUUUCCUUCACAAUAUGUUCUGGUGAAUGCGGAUUGGGUUCUUUUUUUCUCUUUACACUUUAUAUUUUAUUAAUUUAAAUUCAGUUCCUAAAAUGGUGUGUUUCAAAUUUUUCAAUAAUGGAGGAUAUUUUUCCCUUUUUGGGGACCAGAAUGAAUUGAUGUUAGAAAGAUUAUUAUUUUCUAAAUACUAUAUUGUACAUUUUUAUAUAAGAAAUUGAUGAAAUAAGUACAGGACUAACCGUAAAAUAUUUGCCAUUCACUUCGUAUUCAACGGUUAUAAGAAAGCCCAAAACAAAAAUAGGUUUUGGGAUAUCUUUAAUUAGAUAAGUAUUCUUAAGAUUAAGCAUGAUUGGAAAUAUGUUUCUUUUUUAUUUUUCAUCAUUAAAUUUAAAAGACUUAUGAUUAUUUUUUUUUUGGCAAUUCGUAGUUCCAACUAAUUAAAAAAAAUUAUACAUGCUAAAGUUUAAAUUCAAAAUCUUUUAUUAAAUAAAUUGAACUGUAGAUACAAUGAAAUCUUAUAUCAUAAAAACCUAUUUUCAUUUCUUUUUCUAUAAGUAAUUACAAAAACUGUCAUUUAUUUUCACUUUGUUAUUUUUUUAAUAGUUAUACAUGAUAAAUAACAAAAUCAUGUUUUGACUUUGUUUUUACAUAUCUUUAAAGACAAUAAAUAAAUUUUAAAACAAAUUAGUAUUUUUGUAAGUGGAAACAUAAAAUGAAGAAUAAAUCUAUUUUUUCUGAUGUGUGUGUGUGCACUCGAAUUUUAAAAAAGUUAAACACACAUGAGGAUAUAUUGUGUACUCGUCAAACGUGGCCUCACCCCCUGCACUGGGAUGUUAAAAAGGGGAUGAAUUCUGAAUUUUUUAAUAAUAUAUUUUGCGCUGUAAAAUAGAUAGUUCAUUGUGUGCAUAAAUACAUUUCAUUUGGUCUUGUAGAUUGGGUAAUCACGUUAGCACAAUGUAAGACUAUCACUCGAGUCACGCUAGUGGUUAGGAAAACCAUCCACAGAAUCAUGACUCUUGUCAUUAUUAUUAUCAUCAACAAAAGAAAUUCUAAAUCCCAACGGUGCUAGUAAUGUCCUUGGUCCCAAUUCAUUUCUGUAACCAGAUAUUUUGUUGGGUAUGAGUACAAUGAAUUAUUAAGACACCCACGAACGGUAUUACUGUACUGCUACAUAUUAAUACACCAACGCUGAAAAAGGAAAAUUUUACAUGGUCGGUUAUUCAGAAGAAUUUCAACCUUUUGAUUUUUACGUAGGUCUCAACUACAGUCAAACAUCCCAUAGAAAGCUUGUGAAAUGUGUAAAAGGAUAAGAGAACAAAUAAAUAAUGUGAUGGGUAAUAUGUUGAAGGUGAAAAUGACGAGCACAAGCCUUCACGGCCGUUGUUUAAGUGUGGGCUAUUGAGGCGGGCAGUUCUAAGCUACUCCUAAAACUACGAAGUACGGUAUAGGAAAGUGUCCAGUUAACUUGAUUACUUGAACACGAUCCUAUACCGUUGCGAAAAUAACUCUAACAUGAUUCCCUGA